AUUGUUGUUUUGUUGUUUUGAUUUGUGCUCAUGAUUCUUAUCUUUAGAUGACGUACCAGAACUGCUGUGAGUAAAGUCGGAAGAGAAAGUGUGUAACAAUUAUCGGAUCCCGUGACCGAUCCUUUUGUGAUUUUCUUGGAUUAAAUUUGACAACAAUGAUGGUGUUUCUUUUCACACUAUUGCUCUGCUUGGUGAAAGUAAACGUCAUUAUCAGCAUCCAACUACAACAACAGUUUAACGAAGGCGGCAAACCCAAUGUAUUGUUCUUGGUGAUUGAUGAUUUCCGGCCAGCCCUGGGUAGCUAUGGAGAGCGUGUGCAUACCCCCAACAUGGAUCAGCUCGCUGCUCAGUCCAUCCGAUUCACUGAUGCCCGGGCACAGCAAGCUGUAUGCGCCCCAAGCCGGAUCUCCUUCUUGACAGGACGGCGCCCUGACUCCACCUUACUGUGGGACUUCAGGUCCAGCUAUUGGCGCCAGUCUGCGGGCAAUUACACCACCAUACCACAACACUUCAAAGACAACGGCUACUACACUUUGUCAGCUGGCAAAGUAUUCCAUCAUGGUCCUUGCUCCAACAACACUGAUGACUACCCUUAUAGCUGGUCAGUUCCUUGCUACUGGCCGACCAGAGAACACAAAACGAGCAAGGUAUGCCCAGGGCCUGAUGGCAAGCUUCAUGCAUACACCAUGUGUCCCGUGAACGUCACUGAGCAGCCCGGCGGCACCCUGCCAGACAUAGACAGCACUAACUACGCCAUAUCGGCUCUUCAUGAUCUAGCUGCUGUAAAAGACGAGAAGAAUACUCUUAUGCGUCACAAAGGCAAUAAGCCAUCGGUGAUCAAUCCUGCGUUGCAUACUCCAUUCUUCAUGGCAGUGGGUUAUCAUAAACCCCAUCUACCAUUCAGGUACCCAGAGGAGUACAAAUCUUUGUAUCCUCUACAUACAAUGAAGAUGGCCCCAAACCCAAACUAUACCAAGGAUCUUCCGCCGGUAGCAUGGGAACAUUGGAGAGAUGUACGAGUCGGUGAAGAUAUUCCAGUCCAAAAAGAAAAGGACUACUACGGUCCCAUGCCGCCAAAAUACCAUCUGCUGAUGCGUCAGGCGUACUUUGCUGCAACGUCUUACAUUGAUCACGAGAUCGGCCGCUUGCUGUCGACACUAGAACAAGUAGGAUUUGCAAACAACACUAUUAUUGCUCUCACUGGUGAUCAUGGUUGGCAGCUUGGUGAGCAUCAGGAAUGGUCCAAGUACAGUAACUAUGACUCUGCUACACAAGUGCCCCUUAUGUUCUACAUCCCUCAAGUCACCGAUAAACGCUGGGACCAUCCUCACAGAUUCAGCCUCAUCAACCCGCUGAACGCCAUCACGGACUUCAACACGUCACGUGCAACAUCCGGUUUCGCGAGCGACGUUUUCGCUGAGCUGGUGGAUUUAUUCCCAACCCUUUCUGAAAUAGCCGGGCUAACCGUACCCCCAGUAUGCCCCAUCGAUACCUUCCACACCCAGUUUUGUUCAGAGGGGGUAAGUCUGGCACCCGUAAUCCACAACAUUACCGACACACCGAGUAAGGUGGGUAUCAUACGCUGGAAGAAUGCCAGUUUUAGUCAGUACCCUCGGCCGACGUUCUACCCUUCGCAUAAGACCAAUACGCCGCAGCUCCCAGAGAUAAACAUCAUGGGUUACUCUAUGCACUCUAAGGACUAUCGCUAUGUGGAGUGGCUGCCGUUUAAUCAUACCACGUUUGCGGUGAACUGGUUGAAGCCUUUAGCGGUGGAGUUGUACAGUUACAGAGAAGACCCUAUGGAGAUGCAGAAUGUGUAUAAUCACACUGUGUAUCAAAAUGUGGUUAAAGACCUAGCGCGUCAACUCAGACAGAACUGGAGGUACGCUUUACCAAUCACCCACAAUGGUACGCACCCAUAGCUCUGACUAUUAUGGGUGCGUUUGACUAGCUUCCUUGGGUAGACCCCGUGGUGCUCACUCGGGUGAGCCCCUGACGAGAAGAGCUAAUCGAUCGAUCACUCACCCUCUCGUGGUGACGUCAUGCACCUGGGACCAGCCCCCAAAUGACCUACUCCACAAACAGGGCACUUGGGGCUGACCCUGGAAUGGCGUCAAAGCUAUUCGAACAUACCGGGGGCAGCAGACCCAAGGAAGUUAAUCGAAAGCAUCCAAUAAUAAAAAUAACAAUAAAGAUGUUUGAAAGCGGCUUAUGCAAAAGGCUCUAAGCGCAUUUAGAAGUUUUCCAUCCGUUUUUAGUAAAAUUAUUUAUUUGCUUUUCAGGGAAUGAAAUCUUUUUUGUUACUUAAACUAUAAUUUGAUCAGAGCUCAUGUUGUGCAUAAUGCUGCAUUACAUAAUAAGGUGUUAUUUACCGACUUUCAAAUUAAUGUAUCCCGCCGAACUUUGUAUUUUGUGCUACGGCAGUUUAAUGCUCAUCUUAGGUUGGCUUUUAUCAACUUGUAUGUAAUGGACUAUAUAUUUUAACAAUUGUAAAUAACUUCAGAUUAACAAUAUUUAAGGCACUAGACACUAUUGGUAAUUACUCAAAAUAAUUUUUAGCAUAAAAACUUACUUGAGCUGUUGAUAGUAUAAAACAUUAUGAGAACGGCUACAUGAAGUAGCAACGUUUUUAAGAAAGAGGUAAUUUCUUUACUCAAAUA